UGUCGCUCGUAGCUGGCGUACACUCGACGAGCGACUAAACGAUCAUUGAUCCAUUUUGGAACCGUCUGUCCACAACAUUGAUCAUUGACAAGGUUAUCGCAACAUCAUUAAUUAUCUCCAGCUGCGACCGGAUCAUGACGGAUCAAGCCGUCUCCAACUUCAACAGGCCGCGAUCUCGCUUCACAAGGAGUAACAGGGGAUGCCUCACUUGCCGUCAGCAAAAGGUCAAGUGCGACGAGAGCCAUCCUGUUUGCCAAAAGUGCACUUUCCGAGAGCGGAGAUGCGAGUGGCCAACUGCGGAACAGCUCGUCAGACCACGUAGACGUAGACGAACGGGAGCCAACAUCGCAACAGAGAAGGAUACCGGUGGACACUCUGUGCAAUGGCAUUGGAAUGAGGAGCAACAGAGUGGGAUAGGCAUGACACGAAAUGAUGAAGAGGGACCGGCCCAGGCAAUGAGCUUAUCGCCAUCGCGAAACGAGGCCUCCUUACGAAUUUUUGAAGAGCGUUCAUCUUCGCAGCAACAUCCUCUCGCUCCUGGCUCUUUCAGCCCGCCAGGGAACAUGCUCCCAAGCCCCGCCUUUUCCCCCACCGGACCCUACAACCCGUUCGCGGAUCUGUUUCAGUUCGUUCGGGAUGACUCUGCCCUUCGCCUACCGCCAGUGCUUGACUCAGUGGACCGGUCGGGGCUGGCUAACCGACGGAAGCAUGGUACUGGGCAAGGUUCACAUCAGCUUGAUGAUCUUACGGAACAAGAAGGCCUAUCGAGGCCCAUUCCAGAUACCGAAAUCGUCCUAGUGAAUGGAAUCAACAUAAAGGCGCUGGCCAAUGCCGCUAGCUAUGAAGAUGAGCUGGUCGAGUUCGGACCUCUUGGAGUUUCUUUCCACGACGACAGCCGCCCAUCUACCUCGUCUCACGCUCUCACUUCGGCCUUCCCGUCUCCGUUCUCUCUACAGCUCUUCCAUCAUUUUCUCAACUACACUUCGAGGAUACUGAUCACCAUGGGCAACAUCGGCCCUAACCCCCUCCUCACAAUCUGUGCGUCCGCCAGGUUGCUGGACACCGCUUGUGCCGGUAGUGCAGCGUUGCGUAUGAGCAUACUAAGCGCCAGUACCGCUCACCUGAUCAGUGAAGCUGGUGAGCGGUCGUCGUCGUCAGGAAACUCGAGCUGGAUCGCGGGUUGGGCAUCGCUCAAGAAGAGCCUACAAGGGCUUGGAGAGAUGUUCAGGAAGGCGGCGGUCGCAAAUAUCGUUUUGGCCGAGAAUGACGGCACGGAUCAGUUCGACUCGAUUCUGGCCACCUGCAUUAUUUUGAUCAUACGCGACGUAAUCUCCGCCGGUUCGACGUGGCAGGAAGAUAUGGAGUACGCCAUUCGCCUCGUGUCUCAACGGGGCGGAGCGAUGGCAGUAAUCAACGAGGAAGGAGGCAACUUUACGAGACGUUUUCUCGUCGAGAAUCUUGUAGUGCACGACAUCUUCAGUUGCUUCGUGACAAACAAAGAGCCCGCGCUGCUGGUCAAGUUCGAUCCGUGGUGGUUCGAAUGCCAGGAGAUGUCCAGGACGAGAUGGGAAUGGGAAUCGGUCGAAAGGACCUUUGGUGUCUCGCGCGGCAUGAUUGACCUGCUUGCCAGGGUAGUGUCCCUCAACGCCCAGAAACAACGGCUCGGCCUUGACUUUCGGUCCGGAUCAGUCAUGGCGACCAAGAUGGAAAAGCAUGUGCGCGCCCAAGCGGAUUCGCUACUGCUUGAACUGGACGUUUGGAGUAACGGCUUAAACGUCGUUCCACGUGGUGCGAGGGUUUCGUGCGGCGAUCUUCUCUACCGAUAUAUGCUCAACGCAUACAUUCUUGGCGAGAUCUUGGAUAAACCAAUCAGUUCACCGAGAGUCGUUGCUUCCAUCGACUAUUGCUUGGAAUUAUGUAGCGAGGCCUCUGCAAUGAGGAUGACCGUGAUGCUGGUCUGGCCGUUACUGAUCUGUGGGACAUUGUGCCUCCCUCCGGUGCGAGAAAGGGUGACCGGACUACUGGACGCUUUUGCCUGGGAUUAUUGCGAUGACCUCAAGGCGGCUCGGAGACUCAUGUUGGAGCAAUGGGAUCAGAUUGAUAAUCAUGGCGGGAGACAGAGCUGGACAGAUCUGAUGAAGAAGCUAGAUCUGAACGUGCUCUUGAUUUGAGUCUAUCUACAACGGCUUGUUAUUACAACUCUAUCCUACGAUUAUCAUCAGCGAAGCAAAUCUCGGGCGUGCUGGCGAUGUUCCCGUAUAUUCAAGAGUUCUUGAUCUCGGGGACCGUGGCAGACAUGCCGGCUUCUUCGCCUAUGGGCAGAGACUCUUGCAAUGUCUCUUCGCGCUCUUUGGGCACCGACUGGACCACCAUGACCAAUCCGGGAAUGGCCAAGAUGAAGAGUCCAAAGUUGAUCCCC